AUGUACAAUAGCGGAGGCCAUACGAAUGAGUGGAGGGUCCUGGAGGAAGCAGCGGCUAAUGGCCAUCUUAAGAUUGUUGAGUAUAUUACGGAAGGUUUAUGGGAUGGAGUGGAUAGAGAAGAGUGGGGCUACGAAGAGGAAGCCCCAGAAGGAAAACCGGAAGCUCUUUUACGUGCCAUUUAUGGCGGUCAUUAUAAAGUUGUGAACAGCCUAUUGGAUCCUUAUCAUUUUGCUUGGAAUCUCGCAGAGGCGCUGGAGUAUGCUCUUGAUCAGGGCCAACACAACAUCGCUGAGGUGAUAUAUAAAUCCUCUUUUUGUUUCCACGAGGUGGCACAGCGCUGCAUUGAGAAUCGCGAAUAUAUGUUUGGACCGUGUGGCGACUUGCUCGUUCAGGUGGCUUCGAGAGGACGUGUGGAUGUAGUGAAAUAUGUGUAUAACAAGCGUAAUUAUUCAGUUGAUGUGAUCGAGUGCGCGUUUCAGCACGCGACAGAGUGCGAGAAGCUUGGAGUCGUGGAUUUUUUCUUAAAAACGGGAAAACACAGUAAGGUUGCUGUGCAGUCGUUUAUCUCCUUCGCCGCAGUUGAUCAAGACAGCGUUCGGGUGUGCUGGCAGUGUCAGUGUGGUAAGAUAUCUGUCCAAAAAGGAGUUUAUUCCUACCGCGUUAAUGAUUAA